UAAGGUCCAAGUGAAGUCUAUGUGACUUUCUACACAACCAGUGUUAGUAAGAUAAGCCCAUUUCUCUCUCUUAUUUCUCUCUCUACAAGAUAUUCUCUUCUUGGGUAUACUCAUCAUAUACAUCUUUUCAUUUAUCAAGAUUCAAACAUAACUCAAACAUGAUGAAGAUCUAUGUGAGUUUUACACUUUUACAUGAACAAAAGUUCCAAAGUUCUCAUCUUCAUCUUUGAUUUAAACAAACCACUAAAUACCAUCAUCAUAGUUCAUCUAGUUUAGUUAUAUUCAACUAGCUACUACUAUCUUCUUUCUGUUCUUGAUUAACUAUCUAUCUUACAACAAACACAAGUUCACAUCACAACAAAACAUGUCUGGUGAAGAUCUUUCAUCAUCUCCUUCUUCUCUCUCAGCUUUCAUCCAAGAUCCCAUCUCAAACCCUAACCCUAAUUCCACAAACUCCUCUAAACGAAAGCGUAAUCUCCGCGGUUCACCAGAUCCAGAUGCAGAAGUGGUAGCCUUAUCUCCAAGAUCUCUAAUGGCGAAAAACCGAUUCGUAUGCGAGAUAUGUAACAAGGGUUUUCAAAGAGAUCAGAAUCUACAGCUUCAUAGAAGAGGACACAAUCUACCAUGGAAGCUUAAGCAAAGAAACAAGCUUGAAGUUGUGAAGAAGAAGGUUUAUAUUUGUCCGGAGAUUAGUUGUGUUCAUCAUGAUCCGUCACGAGCUCUUGGAGAUCUUACCGGAGUUAAGAAGCAUUAUUUUCGUAAGCAUGGUGAGAAGAAGUGGAAGUGCGAAAAGUGUUCGAAAAAGUAUGCAGUUCAGUCGGAUUGGAAAGCUCAUAGCAAAAUUUGUGGUACUAGAGAGUACAAGUGUGAUUGUGGAACAAUCUUUUCUAGGAAAGAUAGCUUCAUAACGCAUAGAGCAUUUUGUGAUGCUUUAAACGAAGAAAACUCAAGAAUGGCUUCCUAUCCGAUGAUGUCAAAUGCUUCAAAUCUCAACUUCCGACAAGACUUGAUGACGAUGAACAGCGGUGGUGGCGGGAUGCGGUUUCUUGGGAUGUUUGGGAAUUCAGCAAAGCCCAUAUUACCAAUUUGGUUAGACCGAAAUGCGAAUGAUUCGCAUUUCGAAAACCCUAAUAACCCUUCUUUUCUAGGGUCAUCAAGCACGAACAAUAAUAGUAAUGGUAACAGUAACAAUAAUGGAAUUUUACCAUCGGAAACCGUGCAGUGGUUGACCGAAGAUAACAAAGUGGGAAUGCAAUUCAAUUCUUUAUAUAACAACUACACCACUUCAACCACCACACCGCCACCGCCACCACCGCACAUGUCUGCCACCGCGCUAUUACAAAAAGCCGCUCAAAUGGGGUCAACAAGUAGUACUGAUCAUCUGGUUGACACUAACCGGUCCCGGCUCAUGAGUACUACAAGUUUAUCAAAUCUUGAUUCAUCAAAUGACCAAAACAAUGAUGAGAGACUAAUGAUGAUGAUGAUGAACCCGACCAAAUCGCAUGAUUCGGAUUUUACUAGGGAUUUUCUUGGUGUUGGAGGGAAUGGAAGAAGAAUGUUUAAUGUGCAACAAAACAUGUUCAAAUUCAAUUCUUCUUCUUCUUCUUCAAUGCAGAAUUAAAGGAUGCAUGAAAAUAAUAAAUAGCGAGCCGGGGUAAGCAGCAUCUCUAUUCCUACAUAAUAGAGGUAAGGUUGUCUACACAAGUUACCUUUGCUAUUGACGGGAUUUGCUGAGUAUGAUCUCGACGGAAAUAACGAAUAGAGAUGAUGAUUAGAAAAGUAGGUGAGAGAGUGGAAGAAACAAGGGGGAGUCACAAGAAGGGAAAUAGUACAAGGAGGUGGAGCAUGUUGCAUGUUAUUGCAGCAGAAACAAAAGUUUUGUUAAUUUUGUUUUAAAGAAACUUGUGUAUGGAUGGACUAUGCAUGGUCUGGUCUGGUCUUACCUGCUGUACAGCUUUUGAUACAGUGUGUACUGUUCAUCCUGUGACGAGAGAGAGAGAGAAGCUAGGAUUCCUUGAUAAUAAUUUGUGGUCGUAAGAGCAUGGACAAGAAGGUUAAAACAAUAUUUUAUUGAGCGAUCUGUCGUUCAUCUUAUAAACAUCAUAGCCUUUUCUAUACUAUCAAUAAUAAUAAUUUCAUUUUAU